AUGGAGGAAUGGCAUGAUAUUGUAGACACUUAUGAGGAAGCAGAUGGGAGAGGCUUCCUUAAGGCAUGUGAGUGUGCCCAACAUGUUCUGGCAGAUGAUCUUGCUCCAGUUGAAAUAGAUUGGUUCGUUGACACCCUGCUCCUGGAACCAUUUAAUCUUCUGAAGACUGUGGCGUCCAGGCGAACAAGUGUUGACGGUUACCAGGAGAUAGCGCAGGCCUUCAAACUGCUAUCCCACCUCGUCGCCAAGUACCCAGAUGCCGCAGCUCAGCACUUCGAGAGCAUCGUUAACCUCUGCGAGCUCACCUACGACGCGAAGAGCCGGCCCGCCGCCGUGGCGUGCCUGACCAGCGUGGCCAGGCACUCGCAGCUGGCGGCUGCCGACUUCAUGAAAUACGUUCGACACCUGGACAGCAAGGACAGCGGUUGCAAGGCUCCAAUCGCAGAACUAGUGGGAGCGAUUUGCGAGCACCAUGCCGAUGUGGUGGCGGAGGAAAUAUCCACCAUUUGGCGGGUGUACCUGAAUCUCCUAGACUUAGGGGACUUUUCGGGUACCGUGAAAAGGUCUUUACUCGUAGGUGCAGAGGGAAUGCUGAAGUCGUUCGGGCCAGAUCUACCCACUGCCGAGUUGAAUGAAUUCUACGACAGGAUGGUCCAGUCCAAAAGUAUUGACAAGUGCAAGGAAGCGCUGCUGACGCUGCUGCAGCGCCACUCGGGGCUGUUCCGGGAGCGGCUCGCCGCGGACGGGGCGCUGCGCGAGGAGCUGUGGGCGCUGCUGCGCUCCGGGCGCUUCGCCCCCGCGCCCGGAGCCCUGGCGGCGGUCUACGCGGCCGUGGCCCGCACGCUCGCCGAGGACCGGUUCCGGGCCGUGCUGGAAUCGGAGGUGGAGCCGCGCGCGGACGAAAGCGACGCGCUCGUGCGCUUUACGGCGCUGCGAGUGAUGCACGCGCACGCACGCACGCACUACGACGCGCACGCGCACGCACGCAUCGAGGCGCCCGCGCUGACGCACGCAUUGGGACGUGCGCGUUUCUCGCCCGACCACGCGCAGGCGAUCCUGUGGUGCGUGGAGGCCCGCACGCCGGAAGGCGAGCUGCUGCUGAGAGCGUCCCUGCAGCACCACGAGGCUCUGAAGAGGGAGUACCGCGACCUGAUCGCGGUCCAAGGCCUGCUGAACUCGCCACCGGACAUGAGAAAGAGGCUGGUGGCGUUCCUCGCGUGUGAGACCUGCCGCAGCCUAAAAGAGGGACAUGGAGAGAGAUACCUCACCCUUUGGGCUUCCCUCUUUGGAGGGGCGGGGGGCGAGGGGGCGGUUAAGAGCGAGCAGCUCUUUGAAGACUUCCUGGAACACCUCGUGGAGACCCUGGAGUGUCAUUCGCAGGCGGUUGAGGCUGAUGGGCAGGAGCCGCCGGAGACGUUGCAGUGGACGGUGCGGGCCAGCGCGCGCAUCGUGCCCCUGGCGGGCGCGCUGCACGGGGGGCGGGAGAGGGGCGCCGCGGCGCUGAGGCUGCUGGCCGGGCUGGCGGCGGGGGGCGGGCGGGGGGCGGGGGGCGCCCUCGCCGCCAUGCGCCCCCUGCUUGCGCGGCUCGAGGGGCGCCACCACCACCACCACCACCUAACGGAUUUUGUCAUCGAGGAUUGCGGAGACGACGAGGAAGUACGCGAGAGAUGCUUGGCACUGCUUCUGGCACCGGUUGGCAGCCUGCAAGAGGCCGCCAGGGCCCUCAUGGCAGUGGAGAUCACUCUCUCCGACACGGGUCUGGAGUCCGGCGAGCUCUCAAGCGUCCUCUGCACCCUGGAAGAACUUGUCUCCGACUGGGGGGAGGGGCUCGGCGAGGAGGAAUUGGGUCGCGUGGUGACGCAAGUGAGGAUGCUGCAUCAGAGGGCCGUCUACAAGGGCAGGGAAGGUAGAGAGCUGCGCAGGAGUGUUCUAAUGUUCUUGGGCAAACACGGCAGGCGCAUCCAGGCUAACAUCUCGGGCGACGAGACCUUCCACCUGAGGAGCUGCCUGACCCUCAAGAUCCCGAACCUCGACGACGAUGCGACCAGUAAGUUGAACCUCCAAGGCUUGUUCCGGCUGGCGCUGGAGAGCGAGGACCCGAAGGCGCUGCGGCCCCUCCUGGACCUGAUGCGCGCCAACUCGAGCGGGCGGCCGAUGGGCGAGCAGGAGGAGCGAGCGCUGUGCGAGGGCGCGUGCGCACUUGCGGCCGCGCACGCGCCGCUCCAGCUGCACCUGCUGGACGCCUGCGCGGGCACGGCCGCCGGCCACCUGCUGCAGGUACCGGGCCCACUUAUGGACCGACCCACUCUGGGACCGAGCUCACUUUGGGACCAGACCCACUCUGGGACAUGGCUCACUUUGGGACCAGACCCACUCCGGGACCACUACCAGAUACACUCGGAGCAGACCCACGCUGGCACUAUACCCCACUCCGGGACCAGAUACACUCAGAGCAGACUCACUCUGGGACAAGACCCACAACUGGGACCGGACAAACUCUGGGAAUGGACUCCACGGCUGGAACCAGACCCACAUUGGAAACACAUCCGCUACUUGGAC